UGGCCUCCCUUGUAUAAAACCCACCCCUACACACACGGUCCCAAUGAAUGAUUUCACUUCUCAAUCUUACUGACACACAAGCAUGGACCGUCAUUCCACUUUGAUCUUAUCUAUAUUACUCACCGCUUUGACCACAACCUUCUUCUCUCCGGUUUAUGCAGGAACUUUCGACAGAGACUUCGAUAUCACUUGGGGUGGUGGUCGUGGGAAAGUCCUAAACAAUGGAGAGCUUCUCACUCUUUCUCUCGAUAGAGCCUCCGGAUCUGGAUUCCAAUCCAAGAAAGAGUAUUUGUUCGGAAAAAUAGAUAUGCAGAUCAAACUCGUCCCUGGAAACUCUGCCGGAACCGUCACUACCUACUAUCUGAAGUCCAAAGGUGAUACGUGGGACGAGAUAGAUUUCGAGUUUCUUGGUAAUCUAACUGGUGAUCCGUAUGUGAUGCAUACAAAUGUGUAUACUAAAGGCAAAGGUGAUAGAGAACAACAAUUUCAUCUCUGGUUCGAUCCAACGGCUGAUUUUCACACUUACUCUGUUCUAUGGAACCAUCAUCACAUCGUUUUCUUGGUUGAUGGAAUUCCGAUAAGACAAUUCAAGAACCUAGAACAUAGGAGAAUUCCAUAUCCAAAAAUGCAGCCAAUGAGGCUCUACUCGAGUCUCUGGAACGCGGACCAGUGGGCUACGAGAGGAGGGCUUGUUAAGACCGACUGGUCCAAGGCGCCAUUCACCGCUUCUUACAGAAACUUUAGAGCGGACGCAUGUGUCUCGCACACUGGAAAACCAUCUUGCCCAGCCGGUUCACCAAGAUGGUUGUCUCAUAGGUUUGAUCUAACGGCGGAAAAUAAUAUGAGGGUAGUGCAGAGGAAGUUCAUGGUUUAUAACUAUUGUACGGAUUCCAAGAGGUUUCCUCAAGGAUUUCCUAAGGAGUGUGGUAUUCACUAGCUUCACGGCUUGUAUAGUUAAUUGAUGGUACUUCGAAUGUAUGUAUUGUGACGUGUUUUCUUUUUCUGUGUAUGUAUUCAUCUUUUCGGUUUGAUAGCACAAUGACAGAAUUAGGAAAACCACUAAGCUACAAGCUAUCGUUGAGAGCGAGUUAUCGGUUUUGUUUUUAUUGUUUCAUUUACAUAUUACAAUCAUCUAAGUGUAUUCAAUGUUUAUUU